UUGUUACACUGAUCAAUCGCUUCAAAUUAAUCCCUGCCUACUGCCAUGGCCUACCAGCUCCAUCCAUCUCUCUCUCUCACCCCACACAUGCAACAAGAGACAACUCCUCCGUCCCCUAUCUUAGGUUGUUGGCCUCCCUUGCCAUUGCCUUGCCACUGCUGCUGCUACAAGUAGAGUGGGAGGGAGGGGAGACCAUAUUUAUUGCAACAGUAGAGCUGCUCCACUUACACUGGUGAAGAAGGAGGAGGAGCAGCAGCAGCAAGAGAGGAGGAGGAGGAGCCGCUGUUGCUCGGUCGCUCGCUCGCUGCCCCAGGGGCUCAUUACUCAUUAGCGCAGUUAUUGCUAACCCUGUUUGCUGCCUAGACACGCUCCAUCUAGCAGUAAUGGAGAGGAUGCAGCUGCAAGGCCCCAUCCUCACUUCCCUGUGCUGGGCGGACCAGGCGGCGGCGAGCGCGAGCGCCGCGCAGGUGCCUUUCCUGGCGCUGCUCCAGGGCGCCAUGGGCGACGGUGGACCAGGUGCGAAGCGGGAGUCUUACAGCGGCGGCGCUGGCUUCGCGUGCCGGCCGGCUGCGUCCGACGUCGACCUGCUCGAGAGCUGCGUCACGCAGCUGCCGGCGCCCCCUGCGAUCGAGGCGCCCGCGGCGAAGCGGAGGAAGCGGCCGAGGACGCGCCCGCGCGCCGCGCCUCCGCCGGAGAAGCGCAAGAAGCCGGAGGAGGCCGAGUGCCAGCGGAUGACCCACAUCGCCGUCGAGCGCAACCGCCGCCGCCUCAUGAACGACCACCUCGCCUCCCUCCGCUCCCUCAUCCCCUCCGACUACAUCCCACGAGGUGACCAAGCGACGGUGGUGGGGGGAGCCAUCGACUACGUGAAGCAGCUGGAGCAGCAGCUGGUGGCGCUGCAGGCGUUAGCGGCAGCUCAGCGCGGCGAGGGCCCCGUGGGCACGGCGGCCACGGCGGCAUCGGACGGCGUGUUCGUGUCGCCGCAGUACACGAGCUUCUCGGAGGCCCGCGGCAUCGGCGGCGGCGUGGACGUGGAGGCGAUGUCCGCGGUGGGGGGCCACGUGAGGGUGCGCGUCGCGGGGAGGCGGUGGCCAGGGCGGCUCGUGCGGGCCGUGGCCGCCAUGGAGAACCUCCGCAUGGCCGUCCUGCACCUCGCCGUCACCUCCGUGGGCCACGACGCCGUCGUCUACUGCUUCAACCUUAAGAUGGAGGACGGGUGCGAGGUGUCGACGGCCGACGAGGUGGCGACGGUGGUGCACCAGAUCUUCGCCUACGCCGCCGGCUCAUGCUGCUAGCUGAGGCGCCCGACGGCGAAUGGGCGGCGGCGACGACGACGCCGAGCUAACAUGUACUAUCCCGUAGUUCAAGGAGUUUGGUAGCGAGCAGAUUGGCAUGCAUGCAGCACGUAGGCGACGAUAAGUCAAAGUGGCAGAGCAGAUGAGCAUGGAGACGGAUGCCGAUGUUUGUCAGAGCGCGGCGGGCCGGCGACCACGGCGGCAUGCACAGCACAACGCCGGCCGGUCCUGGCCUCGGCCAGGCUCGCCAGCUCUACUACUGCGGCUAGCCUGUAUAACAUGCACGGCCGCUGUUCAACCGGCCGGCCGCGACAGUGAAGAAGAGCAAGCCACAGUAGUAGCGCGCGCAGUGCAGACGCAGGGUGCCUUUUCUUUUUUCCUCCUUGUUUCUCGAGAUUCGCGCUGCUCGCAGUUGCACCGAUGUCGAGGUGGCGGUGAUCGAUCGACGUCGACCCAUGUACUCCGCCGGUCGCCGUGUGGUGUGGUUACAUCCAUCCGUCAGUUCACAUAGUAGUAGUAGUACUGUAUUGUGGCUCUGCUAGCUGCUCCUAUUCUGAUAUGGCAUGCUCGGUUCCGUG